AUGAACACCCUUCCUCCCGCGUCUGUGGAGCCGCAGCCCCCGUGUCGUAGCCUCGGUGCCCGACGCGCAGAGCCGGGAUGCACUGCUCCUGCUGUGGGGCCUCAUCAAGGAGACCAAACGGGUGGAGAUUCCAGGCAGCAUCCUGGACGAUCUUUGCAGGUGCUGCUGGUUCAGGGGUACCUAGCGAAGUCAGGCUGGGGAUUUCCGAAAGGAAAAGUCAAUAAAGAAGAAGCCCCUCAUGACUCUGCUGCUCGAGAGGUCUUUGAAGAAACCGGCUUUGAUAUCAAAGACUACAUUUGUAAGGAUGAUUACAUUGAACUUCGAAUCAACGACCAGCUUGCUCGUUUGUACAUCAUUCCAGGAAUUCCUAAAGACACAAAGUUUAACCCAAAAACCAGAAGAGAAAUUCGGAACAUUGAGUGGUUCUCCAUUGAGAAGGUGCCCUGUCACAGAAAUGAUAUGACCCCAAAGUCCAAACUUGGUUUGGCUCCUAACAAAUUUUUUAUGGCUAUUCCCUUUAUCAGGCCAUUAAGGGACUGGCUUUCUCGACGAUUUGGUGAUUCUUCAGACAGUGACAAUGGAUUCUCCUCAGCUGGCAGCACACCAGCUAAACCCACAGUGGGAAAAUUGAGUCGAACCAGGUUCUGCCCCAGUCAGCAGCUGUUUCCCGAGGGCUCUCCUAGGGACCAGUGGGUCAGGCCCCAGCAGCCCCUGCCCCAGAGGCCACACAGCGGUCAGCCCGAGCUCUCAGACCUCUUGAAAGCCAAGAAUCCAAGUUCGAGUGGAAAUGGCAGAAAACAGUAUCAGGACUCACCUAAUCCAAAGAGAAGGACCAACGGGGCCCACAGCCAGCCAGCCAAGCAGCAGAGCCCCUUGACGACAUGUGAAAAGAAGCUGCAUCCAUGGAAACUUCAGGAUAACUUUGAAACAGAUGCUGUGUGUGACGCGUCCUGCUCCAGUGAAGACUCGCUGCUGGAACACACCGGGGUGCAGGCCUGUAACGGACCCUGCAAGCUCCCGUUUUCCUCCAGAGCCUUCUUGAGUUUCAAGUUCGACCAUAAUGCCAUCAUGAGAAUCCUGGACCUCUGACGGCAGCAGCUCCGAGCUUGGCGGUAGAGAGGGUGUCUCUCAGGCCUUACCUUUCUCAGGUGUCCUAAAGAAACAC